UGAUGAUCAAUGUGGCUUGUCCAGUGUGCGUCCACCAGUCCACCGGUACCGGUGUGUCGGCAGUUCUUUGUCAGCAUUCGUGGUGCAAUGAUCGUAGCAACCAAAGUACGAGCCGUUUAGGGGAUUCAUACACAUACUCAUUCGACGCGCCAUAGCAUUACCAUGAAGCUGAGCAAAGUGUUUAAUCACAAGUUUGUGCUGGCAAGCUGCAACCUAAUAUUCAUGCUGUGUGGAAUAACGCUGCUUUCCACAGGUUUCUACCUAUUCACCGAUUCCCCACGGAUACUGCUGUCCCGAUUGCUUAUAUCAGCCUCUGACCAACAACGGACGCCCCUGUCUGAGCUAGAGCAGCCGCUAUUUUACUACGUUGCAUUCGCUCUCACUACGGCCGGGCUUGUGGCUAUCAUUGCUUCCCUGUUAGGAUGUUGGGCAACCUGUAUGAAUACGUACUGUGUUUUAACCAUGUACUUUCUGAUCAUUCUGUCGCUAUUGAUAGCGGAGUUUGGCGUGUGCUUGAUGAUCACUGCCUGGCCACAGUGCCUGGGAUUGAACCUCAACGAAACUGCGAUGGUAAAAGCGCUUCAGGCCAACUACGGUGUGCCGGGAAAUGAACAGUUUACCGCAGCAAUGGAUUUGGCGCAAACGAUUUUCGAAUGCUGUGCCAUCAACACCAGCAUCAACUACGACACAGCCCUGUGGAAGCUGCAAAGCUUGGGCAAGAAAGAGCUCACCGUUCCGCUCACGUGCUGCAAGCUGGUGAAUCGGUUCGAGUUUACGGCCUACCUAGACCCCGUGCCGGUAAACGGGACGCUGUGCCAGGCACUCCAACCACAGGAUUAUGAGAAAAGUCGACAUCUGGAUGGCUGCCUGCACAAAAUUGAGGUGUGGUACCGUGAACAAUACUUCCUGUUUCUUUGCGCUGGAUUGAUUGUGGCGGUGGUUGAGUUUUGCGUACUGCUCAGCAUUAUUCUCAGCUGUACCAAACUUCCCCGGAAGAGUCAGGUGCCGCAAAUGCUGCGUACCCUUCCAUUGCCACACAUUCCCAUCCCAGCAAUGCCGGCGAAUCGACGUGUCCGGGACAACAUCUACGAGCACGAGCUGCCGUCGCCCAUCGCCGUACCAACGAUCCGGGAAGCGUACCUGCAGUCGAAGGAGUACAGCAAACAGCGGUCCGAUAUGGCAUUCAACAACAACAACAACAACAAUUCCCACUACUAUCAAAUCUCCAAGAGUUAUCUAGUUUAGGGAGAGGGUAACAUUUCAAGGCGUAUUUUUUUAAUUUCAUACAUGUUAAGGCGUGAAUAAACGAAUGCUGAUUCGAAUUACAUCUACCGUACGUA